AGGUGGCAUCUGCCGGCCCCCACCAUGUCCACGGGCUCCCUGAGCGAUGCAGAAGACCUUCCCGAGGGGGAGAUGCUGGAAUGCGACGGCAGCCUGAAGAUGGGCAGCUGCUCCCCGACGCCGCGGCCGGCGCCUCCGGCUCCCCACCGCUGCCACGAGAGCAACGACGAGGGCUCCGGGGGAGGCGGCGGCGACCGGGUCUCCCCUGCCAAGGGCCGAGGCGGCGCCCCCUCGUCGGGCAAGCGGAAGAAGGCGCCGGGCAAGAAGAGCCCGCUGGGCGGCGUGGGCGUGCUGGGCCCCGAGGGCAAGCAGGUCCAGCGGAACGCGGCCAACGCCCGCGAGCGCGCCCGCAUGCGGGUGCUGAGCAAAGCCUUCUCCCGCCUCAAGACCACCUUGCCCUGGGUGCCGCCCGACACCAAGCUCUCCAAGCUGGACACGCUGCGCCUGGCCUCCAGCUACAUCGCGCACCUCCGGCAGAUCCUGGCCAGCGACAAGUACGAGAACGGCUACAUCCACCCCGUCAACCUGACAUGGCCCUUUAUGGUUGCUGGCAAACCGGAGAACGAGCUGAAAGAAACAGGGAGCACCACUCGGUUGUGUGGCCCUACAGCAUCCUGACCCAAGAUGUCCAAGCCUGGGAACAGCAACCUUGUUUGCAUGCAGCGGUUUCUGCCUGUGCAUGCAAGUAUGUGGGCUUACUCGUGUGCAGGACUGGCGGUGGUGAGAAA